AUGUGCCAUGCAGCCUCUGACGACUUCGGCCACCGCGCUGCCACGCAGCGCCUCCGCGCGCAGCUCGCGGCGCAGCUCCAGCGCCGCGUCGACGCCCAAAGCGGCGCUGACGCUGAACGCGGCGAACGCGGUGACGUGGAACGGACGCGAUGGGACUAUGUGAGGCAGUUGGAGAACCAGCUGGCUGUGAAGACUGGUCUCCUGGACGAGGCCUUGAGGUUGCACCGGCUCUUCCAUGGAAGGCUGGUGAGUCUUUCCGAGGGGCUUACUUGGAAGGAUCAGCAGUUGGAGCAGCUGGCGCGCAGCGAGCGAACUGCUUGGCGCCAGGCCGAGAAAGACACGCAGGAGAUGCGCCAGUGGCGGCGGCGCGCUGAGAGUUUGGAGGAGGAAAACACUGCACUGCGGGAUGAACUGCGGGAAUCGUCCGAGAACAACUUGCGCCUCCGGCAGUUCUUGGACGUCCUGGAAGUUCAAGCGGUGAAAGGUUAUGGUCUGCGGUCCAGAACUUUCAGUCAGCAGUUUCCCACGGAGGAGACGAAGUUCGAGCAGACGCGGAGAGUGUCGGAGGAGCAGCUGCCCCCCGCCGCCCCGCUGCCAGCGCUGAUCCGCGCCACGCCCGGGGAGUCGGCAGCGAAGCUGUCCUUCUUUCUGACGCCGCAGGAGGCCUGGGCGCAGGUGGGUAGCAGCGCAUCAGAUCGGUUGUGCGGCGUGAACUUGGAACGUCUCAAAGUGGACGAGCCCACGAUCACUUCCGCGCGGAGUCGCUUGGAUCGCGUGGACGAGGCCAAAGUGGCCGAGGAGGCCAAGGAAGAGACAAAGCAGGCAAGCAUCUCGAGCACCAAGGAGGUUCUGGAGAUUAGCCGUGAUUCGGGCCAACGAUCCUCGGCCAACUCACCCAAGAAGCGGGGGAACCUCAGCUCCGCGGCGCCGCCGGUGCUGGGGGCACCGCAUCCGCGGCCGGUGCGCUACAUGUCGGCCACACAGCUCAGUGCUUUGGCCGCGGUGCCGGCGGCUGGGGCAGCCUGUGGAAGCGUGGCCACCAUGGCAGGAGAUGCGCGCGUGUCGCCAGCACCCAGGUGGCCGCCCUCGCCCACCCCGGCGGCGCAGCCGGCGCAGCCGCAGCAGCCGCAGCCCGCGGUGAAGCCCAAAGCGGCCCCGCUGCUGCCGCUGCCAGCGGCGCGGCACAAGGCGGCGCGGUGA